AUGGGUAAUUCUGCCAGUGUUCCACAUCAAAACGAGAUACUAGCGUUAUCAAUAACAACAGUAACAUCAAUAGCAAUAGGAAAACGCUCAUUUUCAUCAAAAGACCACGGUAAAAUAGUUAAAGAAACAAUUGAAAAUUCUCAGCGACAAGAACAAACGAAAGCCAUAGAAUUAAAAGGAGAUUCUGUCUUAAGUGAAUUUGUCAAUGAUCUAUAUACAAUUUUUAGUAAUUUUAAUUCUACUAAUAAUAUCAAUCAGACUAUUGAUGGUGGUAUGGUUAAAUAUGAAAUCUAUUCAAUUCAGUCAUUGAGUACAUUAUCUUCUAAAAUGACUAAUAGCCAAUCUAAAUCGAUAUGGUUGCCUAAAUCUAUGACUAUUUGUGAAGCUCAUCGUAUAUUAUCUACUAUAUUAUAUAGUAAUAAAAUUGAUACCAUACCUGUUGAUCUUGUUGAUUAUGUAUUAGUAUAUGAAAAUAUAAUGAUUUCAUUGGAAAAUGGAAACAAAGAAUUAUAUGAAGAAAUUCUGAAACUUUCAUUUCGAUUAAAUUGA